AUGCCCGUCAAAUCCAACCUCCUGGUCCUCACAUCCCUCAUCUCAGCCCUUCUGCCAGUACCCAGCACUGCCCUCGAUGGAAAGGCUCGGAUGUGUUUCUACCCCGAACUUCACGGCCAACAGUCAUCAGUGCCCUCUGCUGCGACGGGACAGGACAGGAAAACGAAUGCUGCGGCAUGA